AACCAAUGAACAAGCCAGGUCUCGGCGGGGUGGUGGGGUUGCACUGCGGUAAUAUGGCUCUUCCUUAGCCAGCGGCGGUGGCGGCCGGAGGUUUGGUAGAACACUCCUGCCUUUCGGGUGGCGGGUUUCUGGGCUGCAGGGACUCGGCGGGUCGAGGAUAGGCGGUGGUGGCGGAUGCCGGAGGAACGCGGGCCCCGCCGCUUGGCGGCCCCUGGGUCAAGAUGAGCGCCUCGGCGUCGGUCGGGGGCCCGGUCCCCCCGCCGCCCCCGGGCCCGGCCGCUUCGCUGCCACCCGGUUCUGCCGCGCGGGCCCUGCAUGUGGAGCUGCCCUCUCAGCAGCGACGUCUCAGACACCUUCGGAACAUUGCUGCCCGGAACAUUGUUAAUAGAAAUGGCCAUCAGCUCCUUGAUACCUACUUCACGCUUCACUUGUGUAAUACUGAAAAGAUAUAUAAAGAAUUUUAUAGGAGUGAAGUGAUUAAGAAUUCCUUGAAUCCAACAUGGCGGAGUCUCGAUUUUGGAAUAAUGCCUGACCAUCUUGAUACGUCUGUGUCUUGUUUUGUGGUGAAGAUAUGGGGUGGAAAGGAGAACAUCUACCAGCUUUUGAUUGAAUGGAAAGUCUAUUUGGAUGGGCUGAAGUACUUGGGUCAGCAGAUUCAUGCCCGCAACCAAAAUGAAAUAAUUUUUGGGCUGAAUGAUGGCUACUAUGGUGCUCCAUUUGAACAUAAGGGUUAUUCAAAUGCUCAGAAGAAUAUUCUUCUUCAGGUGGAUCAGAACUGUGUUCGCAAUUCUUAUGAUGUCUUCUCUUUGCUGCGGCUUCAUAGAGCCCAGUGUGCAAUUAAACAGACUCAGGUAACUGUUCAGAAAAUUGGAAAGGAAAUUGAAGAAAAGCUAAGGCUCACAUCUACAAGCAAUGAACUGAGAAAACAAAGUGAGUGCUUGCAAUUAAAAAUUUUGGUGCUUCGAAAUGAACUGGAAAGACAGAAGAAAGCUUUGGGACGGGAGGUGGCAUUACUGCAUAAGCAACAAAUUGCAUUACAGGACAAAGGAAGUGCAUUUUCAGCUGAGCACCUCAAGCUUCAACUCCAGAAGGAAUCACUGAAUGAAUUGAGGAAGGAGUGUACUGCGAAAAGGGAACUCUUUCUGAAGACUAAUGCUCAGUUGACAAUUCGUUGCAGGCAAUUACUAUCUGAACUUUCCUACAUUUAUCCUAUUGAUUUGAAUGAGCAUAAGGAUUACUUUGUAUGUGGUGUCAAGUUGCCCAAUUCUGAGGACUUCCAAGCAAAAGAUGAUGGAAGCAUUGCUGUUGCCCUUGGUUACACAGCACAUUUGGUCUCCAUGAUUUCCUUUUUCUUACAAGUGCCCCUAAGAUAUCCUAUAAUUCAUAAGGGAUCUAGAUCAACGAUCAAAGAUAAUAUCAAUGAUAAGCUGACUGAAAAGGAGAGAGAGUUUCCAUUAUAUCCAAAAGGAGGGGAGAAGUUACAAUUUGAUUAUGGUGUCUAUCUUCUGAACAAAAAUAUAGCACAGCUAAGAUAUCAACAUGGACUAGGGACUCCAGACUUGAGGCAAACCCUCCCUAACCUGAAAAACUUCAUGGAACAUGGACUAAUGGUCAGGUGCGACAGACACCACACCUCCAGUGCCAUCCCUGUUCCAAAGAGACAAAGCUCCAUAUUUGGAGGUGCAGACGUAGGCUUCUCUGGGGGGAUCCCGUCCCCAGACAAAGGACACCGAAAACGGGCCAGCUCAGAGAAUGAGAGACUCCAGUACCAAACCCCUCCUCCCAGUUACAACUCGGCGCUCACCCAGCCUGUUCCCGCCAUCGCUUCUGCAGGAGAAUCUGAGAGAAAGACAACAUCCCUGUCCUCCUCCUUGGAUACCUCCUUGGACUUCUCCAAAGAAAACAAGAAAAAAGGAGUUGAUUUGGGUGACAGAUUCAACGGCGGUCAUGUGGGUGUGAGCACCGGCCAAGAACAAGAAGAAGCCCUCUCCGGGCACGCAUCCACGGUCAACGGCACUCUGCUGCCCGGCGAGCAGGCGGGCUCCUCCAGCGUCCGCCUCCCGGGGGAGUACCACCCGGGGUCCGAGCCUGAGCUCUGCUGUACUGUGGAGCAGGCGGAGGAGAUCAUCGGGAUGGAAGCCACGGGUUUCACCUCCGGCGAUCAGCUGGAAGCCUUUAACUGCAUCCCAGUGGAUAGUGCCGUGGCAGUGGAGUGUGACGAACAAGUUCUGGGAGAAUUUGAAGAGUUCUCCCGAAGGAUCUAUGCACUGAAUGAGAACGUGUCCAGCUUCCGCCGGCCACGCAGGAGUUCCGAUAAGUGAAGUGAGCAGACAGCCGGUAGGACCGGGACAGAGGCACUGCCUGAAAGAAGGAGAAAGCUGCACUGGUUACCCCCUGGAAUAAUUAUGACAUAAAAUGAAUAUUAAUGGAGGAUAUUCCUCAGCAAAACAGACUUUGUCAGUCAAGGAGGGACUCAGGAUCAUUGUGUAUCAGUGGGCCAGACAAAGUUAGAUUCUGCUUGCAAGAUUUGCUUUCCAGGCCUGACAAUUGUUUUAGGGCAAAGGUCACACUCUAGCUCGAGUCACCUUAUAGGUAUUUGUCUGCUUUUUAAUUUACACUUCUGUGUUAUCCUCGGAGGGGAGAUGAUAAUAUAUAAAUAAUAUAAUAAACUCACUUUUAGUUUCUCAUAAGCAUUUGCCCUCACCAUAAGUUUAUAAAGCUUGGGAAAACCAAAUAAUCCAAAAAAGGUUUUCACCAUUUACUGGAAGAUCUUUGACCAUCCAUGAGUUUGGUGAAUAAGAAGCACAAUGGUCUCCUUACACCCAGAUCUCCCUGCACCUGCCCCCAGUCACCCCAUCUGCUGCCCCAUCUUCACAGUGGCUGGGUUGUACACCCAGAAAACUGAGGACCUCAGACUCACUGGUUCUUGAAUGCAGUAGCCAAGACCUCCCACCUCCUCAGCUCAGCCAUAGCUUGGUGUAACCCUCGAAUCAGAGGAGAAACCUCACCUCUGGUAUAUCCCAGGGGAUGCUUAAGGACCACCCCCAAGGUUACAACAGUCAGAUGGCAUCCAGUCCCCUUUGGGAGCCAGAGUUUUUCUGUGGGCAGAUGCUGCAGUCAAAAACCAGGCAAGCUCUCUAUCCCAUGUGUCAAUUCCACGCUCAUUGGUUAAAUUUCAGUCAGAAAGGAAGGUGCUGGAUAUGAUGUAAAAUCUGGAGAGAGUCAGGCUGUCCGAUGUGCGGACCACAAGGCAGUCAGGAGAGCUGGGUGAAGAGGCGUAGUUGAGGUGUAGAAAUUGCUGGUAUAAUGCAGGUGCGUUCAUAGUAAAUUAUGUUCUUGGAAGUCCGAUUUCUUGAAGUUUGAUUUCGUUCCUGGAGCUCAGCUCUCAUUUGCUAUUGCUCUAUACUUUCUAUACCCAAGGACAUUGCCUCAGGGUUGCAAGCUCUUUAAGGAAAACUUAUGCAUAUAUUCAUGUAUUGUAUAGAAUAAAAACUGAAUUUGCUUCACUUGA